AUGUUAAAUCCAACAGGAAAAAAAAUGUAUAAUAAAAGAGUUGAAUUAAUAUAUCCACAUUUUAAAAGCACACUUUUAGUUGGAGGUAUACAACUUAUAGAUGUGACAGAUACAGCAUCUAGUAUAACCAAUAAACUUUUCAAAGAAUUGCCAUCUAUAACACGUCAUAUAAAUUGUACUAAUGAACUUUGUGAAAAAUAUAUGAAAAAAACAGUUUUGUCAUCAACUGUAAUAUCAAUAAACGUGUAUGAUGAAAAAAUUGAUGUACAAAAUGAAAUAGAAAAUAUAAUUAAUUCAGAUGAGAUAUGUGAAUCUUGUGACACUAAGAAAAAUUCAGUUAUAACACUAGGAGAAUAUUUAAUUAUUGAACUUAACUCAAUGCCAGCAGGAUUUUACGCUGAUACAAGUAAAGAUAUUGAAAGUGCACCACUAGAUACAAUCAAUCAAAAUUAUGUGACGCCUUUCAAAAUGCGUCUCGAAAAUGUUACAAAAAAAAUCGUAAUUAACAAAAAAGAAUACAAGAUUAGAGGGAUUGUUGCAUUCAGUUCACCAACAAGAGGAAACCUUAGGUUUAAUACAACUGGUCACUAUACUACGUAUGCAUAUAGGUCUAAUGACAGAUGGGAGUUAUAUGAUGACUGUAAAGAAAAAGUUUUAAAAGUAAACCAGCGAUGUGAAGUUAAUAUUGAAUUAAUUAUAUUUACACUUUAA